AUGAUGGAUUCGACAUCGUCAGAGGGCUUUCAAAAAGCAUCGAAUUCAGGGUCAUCAUCACUGACAUCACCGAGUAAUGCGAAUAACCGUGAUGCCGAGAACAUGGCUGUCGUUGAGUCGUCUCCUCAGAAACAAAUCUCUGAUCCGAGCGCCCUCAUAGCUGCGGUAUUCCAUCAAUUUAAUAUCGCUUCUAUCUAA